AUGGAAAGGGUUCAUCUGGCAGAAUCUUUAGAUGAAUUACGUGACACAAUAAACACAUUAUCUAUAGGCGAUUCAAUUGAAAAAUACGGAUAUGAUUUCCCAUUUGAAAUUGAAGGACGACUUGAUUUAAUUGACUAUGCCGGUUUUGAUUAUAUCGGUACCUAUGAAUACGAAAAAAUGGUGAAACACUUGGUACUUCGAGAUGAAUCAAAUUUUCCAACAAAUAUGUUGCUUGAAAAAAUUAAUGAAUUUGUCAAAGCUAAAAACAUUUAUUUGCCAAAUGAUCAUAUUGGUAUAUUUUUGGCUUCUCCUCAAAACCAGCAUUUGUUUGAAAAAAUUUCAUUUGAAGGCAUCAUUGUUUCUUAUAACAAAGCUAAUAUUAGGAAUAACUUAGAUA